AUGCUUUUCUCACAGCCUCUACACAUCGUCAAGGCGGAUCAGCUGCGUGCCCCCCCUCCCAAGGGCAAGCCGUACUCUGUGCCUAUCCCAGGAUCCGAGAAGCCCGGCCGAAGUCAGAUAUACCGAGCAUGGACAACGAAGAAGGAAUUGCUGGUCUCUCUCGACCCGGAGAUCCUCACGGUACAUGAGAUGUUUGAAUCAACAGCCAACAGAAUACCCAAGGCCCGCUGCUUCGGUCAGCGCUCGUACGACCCAAAAACCAAAACUUUCGGCGCCUACCAAUGGAUGGACUACCAGACUGCUCAGAAACGACGAGCCAACUUCGGUGUCGGUCUUGUGGAAUUGCACAACAAGCACGGCUCCACAGGUCAUAACUACGGGGUUGGACUGUGGUGCCAAAACAGGCCCGAAUGGCAGAUUACGGACCUGGCUUGUGCUUCGCAAUCUCUUUUCUCUGUGUCAAUCUAUGAUGUGCUCGGUGCCGACACCACUCGAUACAUCAUCGAGCAUGCCGAGCUUAGCUGUGUGGUUACUUCGCUUCCACACGUACCGGCGCUUAUUAAACUGAAGCCCCAUCUGCCCGGACUCAAGUUUAUCGUCUGCAUGGACCCCAUUGAUGCCGGAGAGCAGCCUGGUUUCUCGAAACGGGCCAUCCUGGAGGACAUGGCCGCCGGCCUUGAUCUGUCUAUUUACUCUAUGGAAGAAGUCGAGAAACUCGGUGAAUCUCUCAAGCGCCCUUACAACCCUCCUUCACCCGAAGAUAUCGUGACCAUCAACUACACCUCCGGAACCACUGGCCCUCCCAAGGGUGUUGUUCUGACCCACAAGGCCGCCAUUGCCGGUGUAUCCAGCGGCAUGACGAUCACCAGAUGGACCCAGGGCGACGUGAUAGCCUCCUAUCUCCCGCUUGCCCAUAUCUUUGAGCGUCUUAUUGAACAGGGAUGUCUUUGGGCCGGUGGUGCUAUCGGAUACUUCCACGGAAACAUCCUUGAACUGGUUGAUGACUUGAAACUUUUGCGGCCCACUGCUUUCGCGUCUGUCCCUCGUCUCUAUAUCCGUUUUGCGGGUGUAGUGGGCAAUGCAACAGUAGACGCCCCUGGCUUCAAGGGCGCCUUGUCGCGACAUGUGGUGAACGCUAAGCUGGCGAACCUUAAGAACCCAGAUCCGAGCAAAGCCACGGAGAAGCAUUUCCUCUAUGACCGUAUCUGGACUAAGAAAGUGGCUGCCGCAUUGGGACUGGACCGGACGACGGCGAUGGUUUCUGGAUCGGCGCCUCUGGACCCGACGAUUCAGAACUUUAUGCGAGUUGCUACUGGUGCCAACUUCUUGCAGGGCUACGGUUUGACCGAGUCGUAUGCUAUUGGUGUUGCCCAAAACCUGGAAGAUCGCUCUGUGAGCAACUGUGGUGGUGUUGCGCCAUCCUCUGAGGCUUGCCUUGUAUCUAUUCCUGACAUGGAAUAUUCCGUUGAUGACAAGCCUUACCCCCGAGGAGAAUUGCUCCUUCGUGGAAACAACCUCUUUAGGGAAUACUUUAAGAACCCCGAAGAAACAGCUUCAGCGCUGACUGAGGAUGGCUGGUUCCGGACCGGAGAUGUCUGCACUAUUGAUGAGCUCGGCCGCUUCAAGAUCAUCGACCGCCGCAAGAAUGUCCUCAAGUUGGCGCAGGGCGAAUACAUUUCUCCAGAACGGCUCGAAGGCAUCAUCUUGGCCGAGCACACCUACCUCGCUCAAGCAUAUAUCCAUGGCGACAGCCUUCAGUCGUCGCUGGUUGGCAUUUUCGGCGUCCAGCCUGACCUGUUCGGCCCAUGGGCCAGCAAGGUCUUGAAGCAGAACAUUGACGGCAACGACCUGCAGCAGAUCAAGUCUAUUUUGGGCGAUGAGCGAAUCCGAAAGGCCAUCCUGAGCGACUUCCAGCGCACCGCCAAGAAACACAAGCUGGCUGGAUAUGAGCGAGUUUUGAAUGCAUCUCUGAUGUUGGAGCCGUUUUCCAUCGACAACGAGCUCCUCACCCCGACAUUGAAACUGAAGCGCCCCAUUGUCGUCAAAAAGUUCCGCACUUUGUUGGAUGACUUGCCGGAGGCCAGCUCGUUCACCAUGACUGCACUCUUCCUACAACUGCUGACCCUGCUCUCUGCAGCAGCCGCAGCCUCGCUCACCAUCCGGAUCCCGCCGAGCACUGUCCUCCCAAACCCGCACGGCCUCGCCGCAAACACCCACGCAACACUGACCACGCUCUCUGAAGAACCCCAGCAACCACAUGUCCACACGGCGUCGUUGACUCGAUCUGCCGGGUUUGUCUUUUCCGACUUGCUGCCAUCGACGAAAAAGGAGUCAUAUCUCCUCGACAUCCGCUCCCGCGAGUACAUUUUCGCGCCCUACCGCGUCGACGUCGCCGCCGAUGGAAGCAUCCUAGGCAUCUGGGAAACCUUUCGCGGAAACCAAUGGGAAAACCGCGGUGUGGAGAAGUAUGUUGCGCAGGCGGCUGAAAAGUCCAAGAACGAUGCGGCAGUGACGGUGGAUGCCAGGGUGUUGGCGAGAAAGGAGUUUUAUGAAGAGAGGCCAAAGUUCUCUCCGCUGAGCCUUUUCAAAAACCCCAUGAUUUUGCUGGCCGUCUUUGCUCUCGCAGCCACAUUCGGCAUGCCAAAACUUCUCGAAAACAUGGACCCUGAUAUGCGCGAGGAAUUCGAAAAACAGUCUCGCUCCGGCCCGCUCUCUUCGGCCAGUCGCGCUGCCGCCGGCGGUUCGGCCACGCCGCAGAAUUUCGAUCUUGCGGGCUGGAUGGCUGGCACGGCGCCGAGUCCAAUGGCUGGCAAUAAUGUUGAGCAGCAGGUGCAGUCUGCGAGGGGCCAGGCGACGGGGCGAGAGGCUGACUCGGCGACCAGGAGGAGGUGA